AUGGAGGCCGAUUCUGAAACCAAAGAAAGUGCAGUUGAUAUAAAAAAUAAUGUGGAAGGAGAAUUUUCCUCUGGUGUAUUAUCAGGUGUGCUAUCAGCAGGUAGAAUGGUAUUUAACUCAGCCAAAAAAAUUUCCUCAGUCAUUAGCAAUGUGUACUAUAAUGAGAAAGGCAUGAGUGAUGAGCAGAUACCGUUUGAAUUUCUUGAUAUACAUUCUCAGGAUGUGAAAAACUCUGAAAAAAUUAUAAAAUUUAAUAAAGAAACUUUGAAUGGAUAUAAAUAUGUGUUCGUCCUUUACAAUCUACCUGAUAAAUGGCUUGCAGAUUUUAAACUAGUCGCUUCUUUUGUAUCAAGAGAAAGAAAAAUGCAGAGAUUUGCUUUGGAAUACAUCAAUAAUGAUAAGAAACUAUUCAGCACCAAUGACAAACUAAGGCUGUUUAUUUUAAAACAUCAAAAUCUUGAUAGUGAAUUUACCUUAAAAUUUAUUAAGACCGGAUCGAUAAAGAAUUUGGUAUUGCCAGAUGAACGACAUAGGCAUUUUGAUCAGUCAUCCUAUCAAUUUGUAUUUAAUUUAGAUAUCUCAAAUAAAAAUAAAAAAAAUAAGCCUUCUGGGAGACCUAGGUCAAGUAACCUUUAUAUGCUUUUCUACUUCUAUACAUUAAAAUGGAGACGACGAGCCAGCUUUUUUUUCUCAGCACCUGUAGCCAAAACCUGAACGAGCGGCGAGGACCUUGGGGAAGGGAAAUUAGCGCUCAGUAAAGUAUAUCCGGCUAGGUUUUACUUGGCGCAGCUGAGCGCAACGUCGGAGUAGUCCAACCCUUUGCCUCAGGGGAAGUGGAAGGCAAGCUUGGAAAGGGGUAGCUCUGCUACAUCAAGCGCUUCUGCUUGAUCAAUCGGGCAGCUCCCUAGCGUGAAACUAGGCGUUACGUCCCAGGCUUUGAAUUUCCAUUUUAACUGACAGCUUGACUAGAAAAUUUGUUUUUCAAAUUUUCGGAAAGAGCAACCACCGUUGAUGUAGGGCAAGGUGGCGCAACUCAUCCGAAUACAGGUCGCGAGUGCUGGCACUCGUCUGUAGGAGCGAAGCUUUGAAGGUUGUGUUACGAUUGGUGGCGGGCAGCCAAGUAGAGCAUCAUGGGUGGAUGUAGUCUUUCGGAAUUACGGCGGGCUUCUAUAUAAGUUAAUUAAUUUUAAUGUUAAUGCUAAUGCUUUUCUACUUCUCAGUUUAUCUAUUUAGUGAAACUGACUGGGAAAAAACAGUCCCUACUCUUUUAGACUGCUAUAAAAGAGACUGCGAAUUAAACCAUUUAGAUCAAGAUGAGCAUAUAGAAGAAACUAUAAGAUUUUUAUUCUUUAUUUUGGAAAAAGUUUUAAUGUGCUCAAGUUCUUUGGAAUUAAAACUCGAAAUAGUUCUUGGCUACUUCUCUUGCCUUCCAACCGAUAUAUUCUUGAAGUUUGAUUUUUUUGGAAAAGAAAUACUUUUUAGCAUGGUGACGCCAGCCAUUCAUCAAAAUUUAAGACCAAAAAUUGAUUGUGGAAUUGCCUCAUUGGUUGCUUUAGCAUUAAGUUUAAGUUUAACGAAUUACUCUAGCAAAUUGCCAUCAGUCUUCUUUUGCUACAUUAGCAGCUCUGAACAACGGUAGGUGGACCGGCCUAACCGUCGAACCGUUAAAGCUAAUAAGCCCAUUAAGACUUCUCUAAUCAGUACCAGCCUCAGCACCGACCUCUUCUCUUCAAGCCGAGACUCUCAAGAAGCUUGACUUCUCUCACUAAGCUCGCCCUUACCUGGCUAACAGGAGUUAGGACCUAUUCCUAACUGACAUUUUUAAUAUUGUACUUUGGCAUUUAAAUCAAGGUCAGCAAAGUGAAUAGAGUUUUGCCAAUUCAUAGAAGACUCCAAUGAAUUUCUAAAAUUAAUCAAAUUGUUUGAUAAAAAUAAAAUAAAACUUCAAGAUGACGAAUACGAUGUUUUUGCUAAUAGAAUUUUAAAUUUUUCACCAGAUUAUAGGCUUUGACUGGAAUUAGAGUUGAAUAUUCUGGUACUCAGCCCAUCAAUUUAUUUAAAGAAAGCUUAUUUAUUCAUGAAAAAAUAUAAAGAGAUUGAAGAAAACAUAAUAAUAGCAAGCAUUAAUAAGUAUUUUGGAGCAAAUAAAAUAAAACUCAAAGAAAUUUCUGAAAUUUUUUCAACUCUUCAUAUCCUUGAGUGUCCAAAAUUCAAUUUAUUAAUUCUCGCAUCAAAUCUAAAAAUUAUUAUCCAAAGGUAUUUUAAGUAUUUCAAAUACUCAAAAGAUAAAAUAAAAUACUUAAAAGACAUUUUCAAUAAGAAAUCAAAUGAACCAUUAUGCGGUCUUAGCCCUUAUCAAUUGUGCCAUAAUAUUAUUUCAGAUAGCUUAGAAUUGGUUUCAUUUUCUGAGUUAUUUAGAAAUUUUGAACUAAGUCAAGGCGAUUGGCAAAUUUUAUUUGACCUUUGGUUAAACAACUAUGAAUUUAAGAAAAUUGAAAAUAUUUGUGAAUUAAUUUUAGAUAUCACAAUUAAAAAUGGAAUGUAUGAGUUAGGGCUCUGUCCCUAUACUCGUCCUAGUGAGGGAAGUUCAGUCUUUCUGAAGGGAAUUAGAAUUGGGACUGCUUCGGCAGCCCCAAGUGUACUUGAGCAACAUUCAAGGAACGAAGCGAAACUCGUCUGGGCCAUAGGUUACUGUAACGGUUGACGGUUAGGCUGAUUCCACCUACCGUUGUUCAGAGCUGUUAGCCAGUGGAUGGAAUUCAUGAAGAAGGGGCUUGUAUUAUUAGAUCCCGUGCUAAGUGGGGGUCUACAAAGAGUUAUCGUAAUCGUAAUCUUAAUCUUAAUCUUAAUCUUAAUCUUAAUUUUAGAUAUUGAUGAAUUUUUUUGUCUUAUAAAGGAUAGCUCACAAAAACUCUUGCUUUCUAUCAAGUUUGGUGAUAAACUCCAAUGAGAAAAAGAAAGAAAUACUGAGCUAGUAAAUCUAGCAAGAUAUUUUGAUAAUUGCAAAGAAAAAUUAAUCAAGAUCAAAUAUAUUUCAUUUGUAUGCAACAAUAUCAUCAACAAUCUCGCAAAAGAUGAUUUGGAUAAAUUCACCAAAGAUAUUAUGAACUCACUCCACCCCCUUUAAAUUGGAAACUAAAAUUUUGUUCCAAUUUAAAGGGGGGUUAAUUUUUUUUUUUAAAAAAAUAUCAAUAUAAAAUUUUUUAUAAAAUAUAUAAAAAUUAAAAAAAAAAAAUUUCAAAAGCUUAUCGAAUUAGAUCAAUAAAUUUGUUUAAUAAAAUGCUAUUUACUCUUUACCCUUUAAAACAAAGCAAGAUAUAACUAAAUUUUCAUUAUUAGUUAAUACGCCACUAUUAAUUGGUAUCAAAUAUAUUUACGCAAAAAUUAUUAUUUUUAUUGAUAAAAAAAAUUAAAAAAAAAUAAAUUUUAGAAAUUUAUCGAUCAAAGUGCUAAUUUAGAUGCUAUUUAUACUCUAUUCUUUAAAAUAAAGCAAGGAAUAAGUAAAAAUUUUGAAAUUUUAUAAAAGAAUUCCUAUUGAAUUUAUAUCAAAAUUAUCCAAAUAAAAAAUAUCAUUUUUACCAAAAAAACAAAACAUUUUUUUGAAAAUUUUUAAAAAAAAAAAUUAAUUUUUUUUUUAAAUUUAGCAAUUAAGGAUUAUAAAAUUUAUUUAAAUAAGAUGCUCUUUAUACGUUUUUCUUUAAAAAAGAGCAAGAUAUAACUAAAAUUUUUAAUUUUAGUUAAGAAGAAGCAUUUAACUUAUAUCAAAACUUUUUAGAUAAAAAUUAUAUAUAAUUUUUUAUUAUAAAAUUAAAUUUUGUUCCAAUUUAAAGGGGGUUAAUUUACCAAAAAAGUGGAAAUUUUACCGAUAUUUUGUUCCAAUUUAAAGGGGGGGGAGUCAGAAAUUUUUAAAAUUUUCCAAAAAUACCUGGAAUUCAGCUUGGACACUGAUAUAGAAGAAAAAAUACUUGCAGGGAUAAUUAGUGAUCAUGCACUGCUCAAAUUAAUAACUUAUAAAGAAUACUUACAAAAUACAGCUGAAUUUUGCAAACUAUCCCAAAUUAUUUCAAAUUUAUGAAGCUUAAUUAAUGAAAAUAAGAUAAAAAUCAAUAGUCUCGGAAAAAUUUCCCAUCAAAAUGACAUGCAAAGAUAUCAUUUUCUUUGACUUAUAAAUCAAUUUCAAGAUCAGACUGAAGCAAACUUUGAAAUAAUUUUAAAUGACCGGCUUUGCAAGUAUAAUGAGAUAGCUGAAACAGUUGUAUGGAUGGACAAGCUCAUUGAUUUUCUGUGUAAAGAUAAAAACUUGCAGGAGAUAAGCUUGAUGAAGAAAGAAUAUGAAAAAUACACAGAAAAAAGCUUGCCUGAAUUCUCCUUUUCAUUAAAAUCGAAACCUUUGAGAGUGCUUGCUAUGAAAACCAAAAAUAUUAUUGAUUCAAAAUUAUAUAAUAAUGAGUACCUGAAUUUAAUCAGCUCUAGAGGAAUAAUAAAUUCUUCAAGCAUUCUCUCUAUAGCAAAUGAAGCUUUAGAAAACGUGAAAGAAAGCUUACGGUCAAUCAUUGACGCCUCUCCAAACUUAUACCUUAUUAUAAUGAAUAAAAAUAUGCCUAUUGAUAGCUAUUAUCCUAUUUCAUAUACGAAAUAGGAUAAGUCUAAUAGUAUGAAUGCUUUUAUUCAUUAUAAUUAGGUUUAUUAAUUAAAGGAAAAGAUGUUGCAUAUUUGCUUCGUGAAGACUCUCAUAGAAUAUCCGAAAUUCUUUUAUUUUUAUUUGAUAAAAAAGAACACGAUAAAAUUGAGCAAUUGAUGCUAAGCUUAGAUCUACUCAAACUCAGAGAAAAAAUCAUGGAAAAAUCUGACUUACUUAAGAAGCUUGAAAUAAUAAUAAUUGCAGAAGAAAAUACAUUUUUAUCAUAUUUAGACUUGCCAACUUCAAUAUACAAUCAUGAAAGCUUAUCUGAUUUACUUGAAAAAAAAGAAGAAAUAAGAAAUUUAAACGAAAAAUUAACUAUGGGUAUAGAUGAUAGCAAAGUAUUUAGCGUAAUUAAAGAAAUGGUAGAAUCGCCAGAUUUAUGGAAUUUGAUUAGAGAAAUUGAAAGAGGAGUUAUCAAUCAGCUAAAAAUAAAAUAUGAUCUUUUCGGAAAAGAUUUUAACUCUAUUCAAAUAGUUUUAGAUCUUGAAACAGCGUGAAAUUUAUUUACAUUAUUAUCAUUAAUUAUCUAUAACGUUUAAAGUCCACUACGGGGUUACCUUGUUCAGGGCUUUCACCAUAUUUAUCCACGUGUCGGGUCCAUGGUCCUCUGGAUCGAUCUACUUUGUUACUCCAGGGCACGGGACAAUUGCAAUGUUCCGGCUUCGACGGGCUUAGCUCCUGCGCAUGUUCCGCCUAAGGGCCACCUUCCUCGGGUGUGCUGAGGGGUAAAGACCUGAACCUCUUGAGCACACUGAGGAGCAGUUCCUCUGGUUAUCCCCAGAGUUAAACCGCUAUUGCUGUGCAGAAGUUCUCAAGGUAAAAACCAAACCCAUAAAUAAAAUUGCUUGAGGGAGAGAAAAUUAGCGGAGCUAAUUUCACUCGAACCGAAUGCCAUUUUAUUUAUGUGAAAUUUAUUUACAAAUAUUUACAAGUUAUCAUCUAUAGAUUCUCCUGAUAAAUAUGUUUUGCUUUUUCAAGCUAUUCAAAACUCAAUUGAAGAAACAAAAUUAAUUGAUGAAGUUAUUAGCCAUUGCAGAAUCAAUUUGAAUUUUCUACGCAAGCUAAAAGAGAGCUUAUAUGAGAGUGAAAAUACCAAGAUAAAGCAAAUUUCGAGCAUACUCGCUAAGUCAACACUUCAGUUUAAUUUUGUGGAAAAUGAAUUUCAUAUGAUACUUUUUUCAAGCUCAGAUAAAUUUAAUCAGCGAUCUCUUGUUGAUGUAAAAGAUUGAGCAGUUUUAUUUAACCGUAAAGUUGAUGAGGAAAAUCAAUAUUCGAAAUUUGCAUGCUUGAUAGAGGAUUGUAUGAAAAUAUUAUUUUAUUUGAACUCUCUUUAUGGAUUAGGGUUUCUUAAAGAAAUAAUACCACCAGAAGUUGAAAUUGAAGAGGAAAAAGUAUUUUGCAGAGAAGGUGAAAACAGUGGGAUAAUAUGUGUGGAGGAUUAUCAAAAUAUGUUGAAAGAUAGAUAUAGUGAGUGGCUAAAUACCUUACUCCCCCUCCGUGAGCGAAAAAAAAAAUCUAGUUCGUUCACGGAGCUUGAUUAAUUUGUUUUUUAACAAAAAAUUAUAUAUAUAUUUUAGAGGAAAUUUGAUUUUCGGAAAUUUAAAAAAUCCCACUUCGCAAUAAUUGAAAAGCAAAUAUUAAUUUAAUUUGUAAAUUUUUUGCUUUAAAACGUAAUUUUUUUUAAAUUAAACAGAAUUAGCUCGAGAUUUCAUUAUACUAUAUAUCAAAUUUUUUACAUAAAAAAAUUUUUGUUCGCUCAAGGAGGAUGGGUUUUUGGGCAAAAAAUAGAGAUUUUCUAAUGGUUUUGCUCGCUCACAAAGGGGGAUUUAGAGCAAUGCUAUAAAAAUAGCUAUUUAUUGACUUUCUUAAAAGGCAGAGAUUUUUGGAUUUUUAAAAACUUUUUUAACUCAGGAAAAAUAUCACAUAAGCUAAUGCACUUAAUGGGUUUUAUGAAUAUCAAAGUCAAAGAAUACUGUGAAAUCCAAGGCAGCCCAAACAAGCAGCUUCAAAAUCUCUCUAAAAUACUUGAAUCUUAUAAUGAAAAGCCCACCAAGGCAAAUAAAUUUCAGCGCUACUUUCCAUUCAUAGUCUGCUCUAAAACAUUGUAUGGGAUUAUAAAAAUUUUCAAAAAUUCAGUUCCUUCUGCAUCUCAAAUUUUAUUUUGCCACGAAUUUACAGAAUGAAAAGACAUUAUUUCUUUUGUCUAUAGAUCUGUGACAGAUCCUAAUAAAAGACUGCAUAUUCUUGUGCAUUGUGAGAAUUUACGUACUGGGGUCCAGAAUGCUUUUCUUAUCUUAUUUGAUAAACUUUUAAAUGAUUCUCAAUUAAAGUUCAAGUUUGGAGCUAUAUCACUAGAUGACAACUCCUCAAUUGGUGCUUAUUUUAAAAAUUCAUCAAAAACUAAUAUUAUUGAUUGCGAUAUAAAGCAAGAUGAGGUAGAAAACACAAUAAAAAAAUCAAAUAUAAAGAAGGCUUUUGUUUAUUGUUCCAAAAGAGCUGGGAUUGGAAAAACUACUGCAAUCAGAAAUAUUGCAAAACACUUUAAUAAGAAAUUUGUUACAUUUAAUAUAGCAGGAAAUGUAAACAUAGUUAAACUAUGUAAAAGGCUUUCAGAAAUUAAAAUGCCUUCUGAGAGUGAUUUAUAUUUUCAAAUCAGCCAUAUCAGUAAUCCAGAAAUUGCUAAUGAAAUCUUACUGCCCUCUCCGUGAGCGAAAAGUUAUAUAUAAAUUUUAUAGUAAAUUUUUUUUCAAAUUUUAAAAAUCUCAAAUCGCAAAAAUUGAAAAGAAAUAUUAAUUUAAUCUGUAAAAUAUAGGUUUUGAAACCAAUUUGCUUAAAAUUAAACAGAAUUAGCUAAAGAUUUAAUUAUAUUAAUUAUCACUUAUAUAUCAACACAUUUUUUCAUAAACAAUUUUCAUAUGAAAAAAAUUUCUUUUCGCUCACAGAUGGCAAGUUUUCACCCAAAAAUAGGGAUUUUUCUAAUGGUUUUGUUCACUUACAGAUGAGGGAAGAGAGUUAAUAAACAUUUGCCUUUUUAGAGUUUUGAAUUAUUCUGAUUAUCUUAUAGUUUUUCCUGAUAAAAUAGAUAUAUAUAUUGAAGUUGCCAGCACGCAUAAUGGAUGGCUCUAUGAAUCAAUUGACUAUCUUAAAUAUUGCGAAACUAAGACUGUGAGUCUGAGAAUUGAACAUCUAGAUGUGGAGAGCAAUAUUCCGAAAUGCGAGCGCCUUGUGCAUAAUCUUGUACGAUAUGCAUGGAACAAUUGAUACCAAGUUGAUUUAAGAGAAAAAGACUUUAAUCGCACAGCAAUUCGCUGACUUUGGCAAAAUUAUGAUAAUCUAUUAUCUAACUCCCCUCCCCCAAUUCUUGAUCGAACGAUUGACUGUAAAAAUUCCUAAAAAUUGGGGAAAUUAACCCCCAUCCUUGAUCGAACGAUUUUCAUAUCAUGCAAAUUUUUUAUAUAUAUAAAAAAUAUUAGUUAUCAAAUGCUUUGGAAGAUGUGCCUAAUGAAGUUGUUUUCAGAGCUUUGAGACGACAGAAAGCUGCGAAAUCAACCAUCCGAAGUGAUUUAGACAUCAACAUAGGCUUAAAAGCUCAAUAAUCUAAUAAAAUAGAGAUUCUUUAAAAUUUUAAAAAAAUAUUUAAUUUAAAUUAAAAUUUAUACAGUUUUAAAAGGGUAACUAAUAAAUCAAAAUAUUAAAAAAUUGGUAUUUUUAUGAAAAUUAAUUCAAUUUUUUGCUGUAAAACUAAUUAUUAAAUACUCUUAACCCUCUUAUUUAAAGUAAAUAAAAAAAAUCUAUAUAUAUAUAUAUUUUUUAUUUUAUAUAUAAUUUUUUUUCCCCAAAAAAAUUUUUUUUAACCCCCAUCCUUGAUCGAACGAUGGCGAGUCGUUCGAUCAAGGAUGGGGAGGGAAGUAAUGAAAAUUUGCCGCUCAUUCAACUAAAGGUGUUUUUUACUCUUUUAAGCACACUUAUUAAUAAUUUUGACAAAGGUUUUGAAAAAAUAUUACCCUUAGGGCAGAAAGAAAGAAGAAGCAUUUUCUCUAUGAAUUCUGAGAAACCGAUUGAAAUUAAUGAGUUAAAAAAAGAAGUUUUUAGAGGUUAUUUAGAAACUGCAAAGGAUUUGGCUUUUAGCUCCGCUAAUAUUAUUGAAAGAAAACAGUCUAAAGAAUGAAACAUCUUGCAUAAAAAAACAAAACUGGAUUACCAAGAUCAAGAAGAGAUUGGUAGUCAACAUAUUUUAAAUUGGCAAUCUUAUCAUCAAUCUUUAAUAAUUUUCAAUGAAGAAGGAAACUAUGCAAUUUUGUCAAAAAAUACUGCUCAAGAAUCAGAUACAGUUUGAAAACUUCAAUAUGCUCUUUCUAAUCAGAAUGAAAAAGCUUCAAAUGUAAUUAAGGGAUUUAAGGAAGGGUUAUAUAGUAAAGAAAACUAUUCUAAAUUGCUUUCUUCUGAGCUUCUUGCCAAGCUUAAACAGUUUUUUAGAAAUGAAAAUUCCUCAGUUUAUUAUAAGAAUUAUGUGCUAACACCUGACAAUUAUUUAAAAAUGCACUUACUUCCUCACGAAUGAGUGAACCAAAAAUUUUGUUCACGGAGGGGGUUAUUUUAUUUUUUAAAAUAAUUUAUAUAUACAUUUUAUAGAAAAUUUUUUUUCGAAGUUUUGAAAAAAUAGGGAAGCAAAUAUUAAUUUAAUUUAUAUAAAAUUUAUGUUUUUAAAACGUAUUUUUUUAAGAUUAAACAGAAUUAUCACUUAUAUAUCAAUAUUUUUUUCAUAAAAAAAUUUUUGUUUACUCACGGAGGGUGGGUUUUUGGGCAAAAAAUAGGGAUUUUCCAAUGGUUUUGUUCACUCACGGAGGGGGGAGUUAAUCUAUCUAAAGGCUGCAGCAAAAAUUCCAAUCAUAAUAAUUGGGGAUACAGGGUGUGGGAAAUCAGCUUUAAUAAAAUUUUUGGUAACAGAAAUUCUGGUGAAUCAAAAUUUUAAAAAAAUUGAUAUUCACAAUGGAACAACCAUUGAAAUGAUAAAACAAAGUAUUGAAGAGGUUGAGCAUGAAGCUGCUGACACUCCUGCUUGAGAUAUAGCUUCUGCACUUUAAUAGAUUGCUAUGGACAGGCAAUAUACUGACCAGAAAAAAAUGAUCAAGAGCUCUUGCCUUAUAAGUCUGAUUAGGCUUCUCAAAAAUAAACAGAAAUUUUUAUUUUCGUUUUUAGACCUCAAAAAAUUAGACAAGCACAAAUUAUAUUUAACAAUAAAGAUAGAUGGUCAAUAAUAAUCUAUUAAAAUUCAGGAACUAUACAUGGGUAUUAUUUGAUGAAUUUAACACCACAGAAAACGUUGGAAUAAUAUGUGAUAUUAUGUGCAGCAGAAAAUUCGAAGGAAAAAACCUCCCAAAAAAUAUUAAUUUUAUCGGUACAUGCAACCCAUAUCGAGUAUCAAGAAAAAAAAUUGAAAAUAUCGGCAUUAAAAGCAAAAGGGUCGAUCCUGAAAAUCUAAAAUUAGUCCAUCAUGUAAAACCUUUACCAAUGACAAUGCUGAAGUAUGCUUGGGAUUUUGGCUCUCUCACAAAAGAAGAUUUUAAACAAUACACUUUGUCUAUGCUCGAGGUAUCCUACCAAGAAACAGUUUUCACCCAGUUCAUAUGAAAAUUAAUAUGUCUUCUAAAAUUAAAAAUCCCAAAAAAUCCAUUUUUAUACAAAAAUGCAAUAAAGCAAUACCAAAAUAUGCUGGAAUGGAAGUAUGACUUGCUCUGUGGAAGCAAAAAUCUACUUGUUGAAAUGAUUUGUAAAGCUCACGAAUAUUUACCUAAAACCGAAGAUGAAAGUAUAAGUCUCAGAGACGUCGCAAGGUUCAUCAAAAUUAAAUCAUGAUUUUCUAAGUCAAUUGAAGAAAAACGCAAAUAUUUAAAAAAUACAAGAUAUUUAGCAAACGAAACAAACUAUAACUUAAAAAUCAAGGAUUUUGAGAUUGACGAAGAGCUCAGGGCAGGAAUUCUUUCUUUUUGUGUCUGCUACUACUUAAGAAUUUUCUCUAAAAAAAGCAGAAAAGCAUUUCUUGAGCAUAUUGUAGAUCAAUUAAAUAGAGAUAAAAAUUUGAAAAUUGAGUAUCCACGAUUGGACCAAUUUCUAACCACAGAUGUAAUAUUAUCAAUAUUAGAAAGUGAGCAAGAUGAUUUAAUUGCAAGAAUGGAAUUGACAAAGGGCAUCGCAAUAAAUAAGCCGCUAAAAGAAAACAUUUUCUGCAUGAUUGUAUGCAUUCUUAACCAAAUUCCUCUACUUAUCUGUGGGAAGCCUGGGUCCAGCAAAUCUCUUUCUAUCGAGCUUGUUUUUGCAAAUUUAAAAGGAGUGCAGUCAUAUGAUCCUUAUUUUAAGACGUUGCCUGUGCUAACAGAGGUCCCAUUUCAAGGGUCAGAUUCAUGCAAAUCAGAAGAAAUCAAUGAAAUUUUUUCCCAGGCUAAUAAUUACCUGGAUAGUUCAAGAGAGAAAGGAGCUACCGAUAUCCCUGUAAUUGUUUUUGAUGAAAUCGGCCUUGCUGAGAUAUCAAAAUAUAACCCAUUAAAAGUUUUGCAUAAUCUUUUGGAAAUAGAAAACAUACAUAUUGGCUUUGUUGGGAUUUCAAAUUGGAAACUUGAUGCUUCAAAAAUGAAUAGAGCUCUAUUUCUUGCUCGUGAAGAUCCAGGUGUGGAUGAUUUAUGUGAUACUGCGAAUUCCAUUUAUUCAUUUUAUUCGAAUGAAAAGCCUUACCAAAAGAUAAUUGAAGAUUUAUCAUAUUGAUAUUAUAAGCUUAAAGAACACUUUAAGCCAAUGCAUUGCAAUAAUGAGUUUUAUGGCCUUAUUCCCCCUCCGUGAGUGAACUAAAGUUAGUCAGCCGAGAGGGUAAUUUAUUUUUUAAAAAAAUGCAUUUUCGCAAAAAUUGGAAACCAAAUAUUAAAUUAAUUUGUAAAAAUUUUAUGUUUAAAAUUUAACGAAUUAAUAAGAGAUUUCAUUAUUGUAAUUAUCAUUUAUAUAUCAAAAUUUUUAUAUUAGAAGAGGUGGGUUUUUACCAAAAAAAUAAGGAUUUCCAAGCUUUUUUGUUCGCUCACAUAGGGGGAAUUAGAGAUUUUUACCACUUGAUUAAAAGAGUUUCCAAAGAAUUAACAAAUCCGAUUGGUGAUUACGAAAAAGUGUUUGAAAUUGUGAAACUUUCUGUUGAAAGAAACUUUGGUGGGCUGAAAAAUGAAGAUAAUCAUAUUGAAGCCUUAUCUAAUCCAUGGAAUGGUUAUUUAUGAGAAUCUUCGAAGAGAUAUAGCACGAUUGAUUUGAUAAACGAUAAUUUAAAUGAACACAUAAAAGGAAGCUCAAAUGGGAUUAUUCCAAGAUAUCUUAUGAUAGUAGGAAACUCAAGAUUCGGUAUUUGUGCAAUUGAGAGGAUCCUAAACUCUCGGUUACCUUUAAGAAAAUUAAAUUAAUGUGGCGAUGGCGACGCAUAACUUUGAGCACAAAAUGGCUUUAUUGCCUAAACCAAGGUCCGGUCUUUUAAUCAUAACCCUUACUUGCCUAGAGCUGCAGUAUUGGGUGGGAGCCCUUGGGAGCCAUCUGGAGGCCACUUCAGUCUAGGUAUUAGUUAUCCAAUGGUUGUUGGGCUUCGGAUUUUUUCCCUGUCAGUUCCAGAGGGCCAUGAGUUUUUUCCCUGAGUGUCAUCCUUUCUCAAGAUGUCCGACAUGAGGGAUCCUGCUAACUUUUGCCUCCAUAGCACCUGCAAGACCUGAAGCAAGAGGGGUGUUUAUAACUCGUCGAGAAUCAAAGAAUGCAGUGCCAGUCCCAGGUCUUGGAGCGGCAAUUGUUGAUUGGGCUCGGGCAGCUGAGCAACUCUCGCAAGCAGGGUCCGGUGUGUAAAUAUCAAACUGGAAGACUUAAGGCCUUUAAUCUUAAUCUUUUAAGAAAAGUUAUGAUAGGCAGCUGCUUGAAAAACGACAUUAAUAAUGAAAAGAGUGCUUUUCAAUCCCUAACUGAUAUAAUUUUAUAUAUGAGCACAGGUCGAACUGUGAUUCUUAAAGGUAUGGACCAAAUCUAUACUGCCCUUUACGAUUUAUUUAAUCAGCAUUUUCAAUGGUCAGGACCAAGCCGAUACUGCAAAGUGGCCUUGAGUUCAACAAACAAUUCUUACUGUUUUGUCCACCCCAACUUCUAUACCAUAGUCUUUUUGGAUGAAGAAGAGGCCAAGGAAUCAGAUCCUCCCUUUUUGAACAGAUUUGAAAAGCAUUACUUAGAUAUAAACUCCCUAUUAUCAAAUAAAAACUCUAUCGAAAUUCUUAAAGAUUUAACAAAUUGGGUUAAAAUUUUUAAAAAGCAGAAAGGAAACCGAGCUGAACUGUUAAAAAUAAAUAAUUUAUUUCCAAUUUAUAGUGCAGAAACUCUCAGCUUAAUGAUAUAUUCAAGCAGAUAUGAAAACCAAGAAGAAAUAUUAAAAGACUGCAAGCUGCAGCUCCUUAACUCUGCUUCUUCAAUAGUAAUGAUUUUGAGUCAUCAGUUAAUAAAUGAUACUGAAGAAAAAGUUUUUAUAAUUGAUAAUUGAAUGAAGCUUCACUCUGCAGAAAAUUCAUUUAUAAGUACAUUAAAUUUGAUGGUGAAUGAUAAUUGUGAUAAAAAAAAGCUCUUGGCUUUUACAUUUGAUAACGCUCAAAUUUGGAGCACUCUUAAUGAUACAGACCCAGAUUUGUUAGCUUGCACCAGCAUCAAUAAGUUUCAUGACUAUUCAGCAGAAGCAGAGCUAUGCAAAAGUAUUGAAAAUUAUUUUAAAGAGCCAAAUAAGAAACUUUAUAUCCUUGAGAUAGACUUCAGUAGCGAAAAUCAGCACAUUUUAAUGGUAAAACAUAUUAUUGACGGGAUAGAAGAAAAGUAUAGAAAAGUGAAAAAUUUUGUGAUAAUGGGUAGAAUGAUAAGCAAUUUGGAAUAUCGAGAAUUCAUAUUUUACUUUGAAGAUUGGCAAAUGAAAAUGUUUGAAGAAAUAAAAAGGACGUCUGAGUUUGACAUUUCUGCUUUACUUUUAAAAGAUACCAAAAAGCUGAUUGAAGAAAACGAAAUAUUUGAAUUUGAAACAAAUAUAUGCGAUCUUACGAUAAAUUGUAUGCUAAAAUUCAAAUAUAAUGAUGAAAAUAUUGAUGAACACAUAGGCACUGUUAUAGAGAAAGUUAGGGAAAGCCAAGACUUUAUUAAAUUAUUAAAAACAAAAGUCUAUAAUCAAUUAGAAAAUCUUAAAGAUUGGAAAUCUGAAAUCUUAUCUGAGAAUGAAAUCGUGAAAGACUUCAAAAAUCUUAAAGCGUAUAUGCAAGGAUUUCUUUCAAAUGAAAUUGAAAAAGAAUUGGCUUCGAUUCUCCAUCACUUAGAAAAUAAAGGGUCAUUAAAAAGCUUUUUAAACUUGUCAGGAAAAAAAGAAAAAGCCGAUUUCAGCGGGUCCAUGCCAAAUGACUGUGAAAAUUUGAUAGUGCGACAUCUCAUAGGGGAAAAUUUGUUUGAAUCAUUUUUGAUAGUGAGACAUGACCGAAAAAACCGUUAAAUUUCGUCCAAAUGGGUACACUAUUUAAACAUUUUCGACCAAAAGUACUUCGGUGAAAUGGACACUAUCAAAAAGGCAAUUUCUUUUGACCUGAACCCGAUUUCAGCUAUUGGCUUAAUGCUUUUGAAAACAGUAAUUUCGAAAAAAUUGCAGUAAGCAGCUACCAGAACAAUACUGAGGUGGAGAAAACCCCUAAUUUAUCAUUUCUUUUUUCAGUCGAUGAGUAUAAACUGAUAUCAAAGCUUUAUAAACAGUAUGGAGAAAUCGGCCAGCAAAGUAAGAAAAAGUUGCAAAUGAGCAUAUUUCAGCGCGAAUUCGAAAAAAAUUCAGCAUAUAAAAAGAGAUUAUGCGCAAUAAAUGAAGACAGCGAUGCACAGGAAUUUUAUUUUUCUGAUUUGAUUAAAAUUUAUUUAUUCAAAAAUAAAAUCGAUCAAGAAUAUGAAAAAAUUAUUUUGGCGAUGACUGAAAAUCUGAGAAUCAGUAAUAGUCAUUUUUGUGAGAAAUUAAUAGCUUAUAAAAGAUUUGAAGCAGCCUUUAUUUAUAUAUCAAAUAUUGUGAAAUACUCUAGAAUUAACAUAAACAUAACUUUACCUUCCAGUAUUCCAGAAAACCCUCUAAAUAAUUUAAUUGAACAUGCAAUUAGUAAGACAAUUGACAGGGUCUUAACGAAGCCUAAUGGAAAGAAGAGAGCAAUUUUAGGUAGGAUACUUGAUAAUUUAAUCAGCCUGAAUGCAUGCUGCCCAAGCAUUGUCUUUGAAAAUCAAGAGCUUCUAGAAUUUUGGCAUGCAUUUUUAGCAAUGGUUAAUAAUACAAAUUUUCAAGGUCAGAUUACUGACAUAAAAAAUAAAAUUCAAAACAAUUGCACUUAUGUAUUUAAUCCUGAAUUUAUUAAGGCUGCAUUAGACUACUCCGAAUUAAUUUUUCAGAAUAAUCCAAAAGAAAACGAUGUGGAAGUCUUCAAAUUUAGGGCUGCAUUUUACAAAAUCCUCAUUUGCAAAGACCAUUCUGCUAUAAGUCAAAUCAUCAAAGAAAUAAAUUCCACAGGCUUAUGGAGGCAUUCUACCAAACUGUUAAGAGAAAUGUAUGAAAAAUCAAAUAUAAAGUCAAAAAUUGCUAAUUUGAAUAAAAUGAUAGAUGAGAAUGAAGUAAAUUUAGUUCAAGAAAGGAAUGAAUAUUUAAAAGAAAUAGAGAAAAAUACAACUUAUGGAAGCAAAUUUAGUGUUUUAUUUGCAGACUUGAUUUAUAAAAUAUCUGACAAAAUUCAGAUAGAUGAAGAGGAAUACGCAAUGAAUAAACUACACUAUUAUAGGACUAUUCUCAAAACUUGGAAAAAGAGAUUUUUAUUUUAUAUAGAAAAAUUAAAUUGUAAUGAACCAAUAUAUACAGUUAUUUAUUCAGUCCAAAUAAGAAUAUUCUUGGAGAGCUAUUCAUAUUUACUUUUAAAAGGAAAUGGCUCAUUAACUGAGCCUGAAAAAGCUAUUAUGAGUGAAACUGGAACUAUAUUAGUACAAGCCCCUAUUAGUAAAACUCUGAGGUUUUACUGCAUUAAGCAGAUGAAGCAAAUUUCGAAGUGAGAUAAAGAUGGGGUUUACCAUUAUUUAGAAAGCCAUAAACACAUUGAAUGGAUAAAUAGAAUCGAAGAUAUUCCUGCUCCAUCAAAUUCUUUACUUCUCCCCUCCUUGAGUGAAUAAACCAUUAGAAAAAUCCUCUUUUUUAGCCAAAAUUAUCCUCCAUGAGAAUGAGUAAAACAAAAAAUAUUUAUGAAAAUAUAUUUGAUAUAUAAUUGAUAAUUAAUAUAACGAAAACUCAAGCAAAUUCUGCUGAAUUUUAAACAGCUGACAUUUUAAAACAUUAUUUUUUAUGAAAUUAAAUUAAUUUUUUAGUUCCAAUUUUGUAGACUUAGAUUUUUAAAUCUCAAAAAAAAAUUGUUUCAAAAUUAUAUAUAAAAAAAAGUAGUAAAUAAACAAAAUGGCCCCAUUCACACAUGAAAGGGGAGGGGAGUCAGAAAUUUUUCCAUUUUAUACUGACUCAUAGCCUCAUUCGUGCGAUUUUUUGCACAAAAUUUUCAAAUAGUAAAUUUUAUUUAAAAGAUCGAAAUUUAUAUGUUAGGAACUAAAAUCCCAAAUUUUGCUCUUUUACCUUUUAUCUGAAAAAUAAUCAAAUUUUGAUCUAUUCAUAUAAAUUUACUAUUUGGAAAAUUUGUGCAAAAAUACUCUGAAUAAGCAAGGAAUUUCUUAUAACUUGGGAGUGAGUGUAUUGAUUACUAUAAAGACAUCACUAAUAUUAUAAACAAAAUCCUUAUAAAUUCAGACUGCCAAGACCUCAAUUCUAUAAUUCAAGAAGGCCUGAAUAAUCCCAAUGUGAAAUUGGCCAUCGCCCAAGCAUUUUUGAAUGAAGUAUUUAUGCACCAUCCACUUGAAAUAAGUGCUACUAAUAAUCUGAAUCAGUGACUAGAAAGAAAUGAAAGCUUGAUAACUGAAAACCUUGGAGAGGUGUUUUUUUCUCUUCUUAAAAUGCUUCUUAAUAACAGUUUUCCUCAGGAUUCACUUUUUCAGUUCAAUGUCAUUAGAAAUAAAAAUAAUGAUCAGAAAUUAUUGAUUUUAUUAACAAUUUUUAUUAUAACAGUUUCAUUUGGAAAUUGCCAAAAUCCAAUUUCAGGUGUUUUCUUUAACGAUAAAAGAAAAAUUUUAUAUAAUGACAUAUAGCCGUUCCCGGUUAUAGAUCGGACUAUGCCUGAUCUUUGCCGGGAAACUCGGUGGAUUGUCUGCGUCACUUCGAGGUGACGAGAGUCAACUCCCCAAGCUGGUAAAUCACUUAAUGGUGGCUAUUUGCCAACUCGGGGAGUUGACUCGUCACCUCGAAGUGACGCAGACAGCUCCCCGAGUUUCCCGGCAAAGAUCGGAUACAGCCCGAUCUAUAGCCGGGAACGGGCUAUAUCGAUUCAAUUAAAUCAGAUGUUUGUUUUCGCUGCAGAAUUAUCCCCAAGUUAUAAUUACAAUAAAGAAAAACUAGAUAAUUGAUCUAAUUUUAUAUCACCCUCACACUCUUGGUGGCUCAAAGGAAGCACUUAUAAAUGUUCUGAAAAUUGCAGUUAUAUAUAUACAAUACCAGGAGAUGGAUACCCAAGACAUUAUUUUAAGUGUGGAAAAUGCAAUAAAAUGUGUGGAGGUGAAAACAAAAAAUUAUUUAAGAGAGAUGGUCAUAAAAAUAUUAGCCACAAAGAAGCUAGAAAAAUAAUGAUAAAUGCUGCAUAUGAAGAGAAGCUUGAAGAAGAUAACAUGAGAGGGUGCAGAUUUUUCAGUCGCAAAAAUAAAACGCUUUAUAUAAGAUAUUGCAAGGAAAUUACAGCUAGAGUACUGCAUCUCAUUUUAGGUACUUCUAUAUAUGGAUUUAAAUGCUUGAAUUUAGCAAAUCUUGAAAAAAUAUUUGAUUCGAAUGGAUUAAAUCCAGAAAUUUAUUUAAAAGAAAGCAUAGAAAAUGAUUUUAAAAUGAUUCUGGAGCUGCUUCAAGCUGAAGAUUCUCAUAUUUGGAUGUACAAUAUUUUAUCAAAAUUACCUCAAUUUCUAUACGAAAAUAAUUAUCUUCCUUUUAAUAGUGAUAUAAGGAAGACAUUUGAAGAAUUAUUUGAGAUUCAAAUAAUACAGCCUAAUAUUGACCAUAGAAAAAGCUCUAGUAUUGCUGACUAUCAAAGGAAUUUUCGGUUUCUAUUUAAUGAGAAGGUUUCUGAUCUUGAUAUUAUUGAUGAAAAAGUAGUUACAGAUUUACCAUUAGAAAAAUUAUUCAGAGUAAUCAAUAAGCCAACAUUUUGCAAAAUGGAACAAAAUUUCAGGCUGAAUGACCUUGCCAAAGAGUACCCAAUAAUAAAUGAAUAUCUUCAAAGCUUUUCUGAAAUCCAAAAAUUAGAAGCCUUGUACCCAAUAAUUGAGUUUACUAAUUAUCUUUUGGACAAAUACAAUUAUUGCUAUACACGUGAUGAAUGCACAAAAAUGAGAAUUAGUGAUAUAAUAGACGCAAUUUCUGAUGAAAACGAAAAAAAUCAUUUCAUAGAUCUAUUUGAAAGUUUUACUUCUGCUUGGAAAUCUGUAAACCUUUGCAGUGUAUCUAAUGAGGAAAAUAUAGAAAAAAAUCAAAUUAGUAGCUCAAGCUACUUAAACUUCUUUUUAAUUGAUCAAGCAAGUAACCAAGGCAAACUCCUCAAAUUUGCUUUAACGGAACUAGCUGGAAUUCAAAAUAAAAUUCUUGCCCAAAUUUGUGGGUCGAUCAGAGGGUCUAAAUAUAUGGUAUAUAUUGAUAAAGCGAAAUUUGGCAUUCAAGAAAUUAAACUAAAAAAUAUUCUUGAAAUAAAAAGUCUAAAGAGAAGGUAUUGUUAUUUUUGCUCUCUGAAUAAUCCUUCCUUUGGAAAAGGUUGUGAAACUAUUUAUGAUUAUGAAAGAAUAUCAGCCAAUCUUUCUGCAGAUCUAGGAUCUGUAAAAUAUUUGGAUACUUCUGUGGUUCGCUGCAUUCAGUAUCAGAAUGAAAUUUUGAAAUCAGAUAUAAUUGAAGAAAUUGAAAAAAGAAUUCCUCAAAAUUAUAAAUUUGAAGAAAAUGAUAAUGAUGCAGUCAGGAGCUAUAAGAAAAAGGUUGAUAAAACUCAAGAUGGUAAUGAAUCAUGUGAUAAAUUGAAAAAUUGUUUAAGACACUUAAUUAACCUUAUAUGCAUUCUUAGGAACUCCACAAAAACACCAGAUUUAUCAAUAAAAGACUACUGCUCAAAUUUAAACUUAAAACAUUUUGCAGCGUUCUUUAAAGAUGAAGGAAUAUCAGAUAUCAAAUUAUCUCACAUUGUAAAGCUAUACCAAAAAAUUGAAUCAUAUUACUUUCCUUGGCAUAUUGAAAAAUACAUGAAAAUUGAGUAUAAGCUUGAAUCUUUUACUAGAGGUGCUACAAGUAGAUCCAACAGAGAGAGAAUUAUGGAACAGAUGAAAUUAACUAUUGAAAAUUUCAAAAAUACAAGUAAGCCUCAUUGUGAUUGUAGAAAUUUAAAAACUUUUAUCAAAAGAUUCAUAAUGAGAUGCCUGCCCGCAGGAAUAGAUCCAAAAGAUCCUAUUAGCCUUUAUGUCACUCGCACUGACUUAUGAAAAAGCAGUUAUAAAAUUGAAGAGCUAGAAAUUUUGAAAGUAAGAUUUUCUAAUGAAAUUUAUGCCUCUUUUUCUUUACUUUUUUAUGAAGUAGUCCAGCAGGAGCUGUCUAACCAAAGAAUGAGCGAUGAAGGCAUAAGCUUUGAAAUCAAUGAAGACAUUGAUGAAGGAGAAGAGUCUGAAGAAGAAAGUGAAGAGAGUGAAGAAGAUGAAGAAUCAGAUUACGAUAGUCCUCGCUAUUAA